GAAGUAAAACAGUGCGGUGUAAACAUACAAAAACAGUGUAGUGAAUAUAUAGGUGCAACAGCAGUUCCUCAUUGAAUGUUUCUUACGAAACUUACCAUAUUAGGUUUGUGAUAAUAGUAGAGUGAACGUUGAAAGUGUAGAAGUAAAAAUCAUGUCCAAAAAAAACAGAAAAAGGCAACGUAUCGAUUAUGUUGAGGUGGAUGAAGCGACCAGUCCCAAACAAUCUUGCUUAGAUGAUGCAAAUGAAGUUGAAACAUUCCAAAACGACAAUCCACUAAAAUUGCAGUAUGAAGCUGAAAGCCUCAUGCCACCCUCGGCGAGUAUUGACUACAGUGCAGAAAAAAUAUUGCUGCAUAUGUACAAACUUGACGUCUCGAUUUGGUGUUACCUGAAGAGACGAGUCGAAAAUAAAAAGUUGGAUGGAGUUGGAUUGACAUUAGACAACAAAGAUGUUGACAAGUUUUCCGAUAUAGUUAUUAGGCAGAAUGACGAGUCCAUUCACGUGAACGUAAACUACACCUUGGGUCAGUUAUGAGCUCAAUAAGCCAAAGUACCAAACUUCGAAAAUUAAGUAUCUCGUCGUAUUUUGUAACGACAAACUGGAAUUAUCUGAGGACAAUAAGUUGACCAUGUGCAGUUCGAAAAAUUCUUACCCAUUUCAAUUUGAAAGUAUGGAUAUAUGCCAAAUUCCGGUGCUUCAAGAUAUGUUAGUAACAAACACUUCAUGUAAAUUUUAUAAAUUUGCAACAGAUGAUCAAACGAUUGAUGAGUUCUGUCAGCGCUUGAUGUUGUCAAGUACAAAUAAAAAGACAUUUAAUAAGAAAUGUUUAACUUCAGAGUUUGAAGUAGACUUGAAAAAAAGCUUCCUAAGUAAGAUUAUAUUUCUAGAUAAUCAACCUUGCAGAGAAAGUUUGAAAAACAAAUUAAAAGAUGAAAUUGAAUGGAAUGGAAAAGAUUACAUGAAGUUACAAAACAAAUUGAUAAAAUAUACAUCUAUAGCUAAAAAGAAUAUCAGCAAUGAAAAUUUAAAUUUAGUAAUGUCUGUAUUAAAUGAUAUGUUUGUUCAUAAGAAUAUAUCAGCAGUUAAGACAAAAAGUUAUCACACAAACAAUGUCAUUAACAUAUUGUACAAAAGUAAAAUUACC